AUGAUCCCUACGCCUUCAGGAGACUCUCAAAUCAGCCCUACGCCUUCAGGAGACUCUCAAAUCAGCCCUACGCCUUCAGGAGACUCUCAAAUCAGCCCUACGCCUUCAGGAGACUCUCAAAUCACCCCUACGCCUUCGGGAGACUCUCAAAUCACCCCUACGCCUUCAGGAGACUCUCAAAUCACCCCUACGCCUUCAGGACACCCACUCACCGGCCCCCAGGCUUCCACGCCUUCAGGAGACUCUCAAAUCACCCCUACGCCUUCAGGAGACUCUCAAAUCACUCCUAGGCCUUCAGGAGACUCUCAAAUCACCCCUACGCCUUCAGGGGACUCAAAUCACCCCUACGCCUUUAGGAGACUCAAAUCACCCCUACGCCAUCAGGAGACUCUCAAAUCACCCCUAAGCCUUCAGGAGACUCAAAUCACCCCUACGCCUUCAGGGGACUCAAAUCACCCCUACGCCUUCAGGAGACUCUCAAAUCAGCCCUACGCCUUCAGGAGACUCUCAAAUCAGCCCUACGCCUUCAGGAGACUCUCAAAUCAGCCCUACGCCUUCAGGAGACUCUCAAAUCACCCUACGCCUUCAGGAAAACUCUCAAAUCAGCCCUACGCCUUCAGGAGACUCUCAAAUCAGCCCUACGCCUUCAGGAGACUCCCCAAUCAGCCCUACGCCUUCAGGGACUCUCAAAUCAGCCCUACGCCUUCAGGAGACCCCAAAUC